AUGGCUCCUACCAGAUAUGCUGUCGUCGGCACUGGAGGCCGGGCCUCAUUUUUUUACAGUGCAAUUGUUCGGGACUUUAAAGAUACGGCAACUCUUGUCGCAUUCUGUGAUACCAAUCAAACUCGCAUGGAUGUCGCCAAUGAUCGAGUGCAAGAGUUAGGUCUUCCACGAUUGCCGACCUUCAAAGCGAUUGAUUUCGAUCGAAUGAUCGAAGAAACCAAGCCCGAUACAGUCAUCGUCACGACGAUUGACCGAGCUCAUCAUCAAUAUAUCAUCCGAGCAAUGGAAUUGGGAUGCAAUGUUCUCAGUGAAAAGCCGAUGACGGUGGAUGAGAUCAAAUGCCAGAUGAUUCUUGAUGCCGUCAAAGCCACCAAUCGACAACUUCGAGUUACAUUCAACUAUCGAUACGCUCCUCACAACACCAAAGUCCGAGAGCUGUUGAUGGAUAAUACUAUUGGAAAAGUCACUUCUGUCCACUUCGAAUGGCUGCUCAACACCCAGCACGGGGCAGAUUACUUCCGCCGCUGGCACCGAGACAAGCGCAAUAGUGGAGGGCUUCUGGUACACAAGUCUACGCACCAUUUUGACCUAGUCAAUUUCUGGCUAGGCAGUCGUCCUGCGACCGUCUUUGCACAGGGUGAUUUGAAAUUCUACGGCAAGGAGAAUGCUGAGCUUCGUGGAGAGACCAAAUUCUACUCACGAGCCCACGGCAGUCCUGCCGCAGCAAAUGACCCAUUUGCUCUCCACAUGGAAGACCACCCUCAGCUCAAAGCAAUGUAUCUCGAUGCAGAACACGAAGACGGGUAUUAUCGAGAUCAAAGUGUAUUCGGUGACGGAAUCAACAUCGAAGAUACCAUGGGCGUGUUGGUCAGCUAUCAAUCCGGCGCGAUCUUGACCUACAGCCUCGUCGCAUACUGCCCGUGGGAAGGAUUCCGCGUUAGCUUCAAUGGUACAAAGGGACGUCUGGAAAUGGAUGUGUUGGAACAGUCGUACGUCAAUGCUGGUGGUGAACAAUCUCAAGAGGGCGCCGUGGCUCAUACGAAAAUCACCGUGCAUCCCAUGUUUGCGCCACCCUAUGAUGUUCCAAUCGUCGAGGGGGAAGGUGGCCACGGUGGUGGGGACCCUGUUUUACUCAAUGAUUUGUUCGGGACGCCUGCGGCCGACAGGCUUCAUCGCGCCGCCUCGCAUGUCGAUGGGGCAAUGUCGAUCUUGACAGGUAUUGCAGCAAAUAAGGCCAUUCGUACUGGGCAGGUAGUUCAAGUUAAGGAUUUGGUACAAUUUUAG